GGGAGUCGGGAGUAGCAAGCAGCCCACACCUCCAGGCGGGAAGCCAAGGGAGGAAGCGCGAGACGCCCGGGAAGCGGCGAGGCAGCGGGAGCCUUAAGGGAGACCAGAGCGGGGACUACAGGACCCUGGAUUGCAUCCACCUACGCGCCCCGCGGAAAAGAGCGGUACCGGUGUCCGGGCCGGGGCUGUAGCUCCGUGGGGUGAGGGUACAGGGGCGCCCCCGUGUGGAGCUGUCGGACUUUCCGGACGAGACCGCCUGAGCCAUGCUCAAGCCCAAGGACCUGUGCCCCCGAGCGGGUACGCGCACCUUCCUUGAGGCCAUGCAGGCGGGCAAAGUCCACUUGGCCCGCUUCGUGCUGGACGCGUUGGACCGCAGCAUCAUCGACUGCCGCGCAGAGCAGGGCCGUACGCCCCUUAUGGUGGCCGUGGGGCUGCCGGACCCAGCGAUGCGCUCCCGCUUCGUGCGACUGCUGCUGGAGCAGGGUGCGGCCGUAAACCUGCGAGACGAGCGCGGCCGCACUGCACUCAGCCUGGCCUGCGAGCGAGGCCACCUGGACGCCGUGCAGCUGCUGGUGCAGUUCAGCGGCGAUCCAGAGGCUACAGACUCGGCGGGCAACAGCCCGGUGAUGUGGGCGGCGGCGUGCGGCCACGGGGCGGUGCUGGAGUUCCUGGUGCGCUCUUUCCGCCGCCUGGGCUUGCGCCUUGACCGCACCAACCGCGCGGGCCUGACCGCGCUGCAGCUGGCUGCUUCUCGAGGUCACGGGACCUGUGUUCAGGCCCUCACCGGGCCUUGGGGUCGGGCAGCCGCAGCGGCAGCUGCCCGGGGUUCCAACUCUGACAGCCCCCCUGGCCGCCCUGCUCCGGCGCCCAGCCCAGAGCGUCGACGACCCAGCCCCCGUCGUCUACCGCGGCCUCUUUUGGCACGGUUUGCGCGAGCUGCCGGCGGCCACAGUCACGGUCACGGCCAUGGCCACGGAGGUGAGCUUGCCUCUGUUGGCAAGGGCUCGGGCCGUCAUAGGGCACAAGGGAGCGAGAGGCCAGAGCUGGGCCGGAGCAUGAGCCUAGCGCUGGGUACCAUGACGGAGGAGGAGACAGCACGCCUUAGGGCCGGAGCUCUGAUGGCCAGACCAAACUCACCCCAGUCUUCGGGGAGUGGGCGGUGGCGCUCCCACGAGGUGCUGGAGGGAGCGCCACCAACCUUAGUGCAAGCUCCUAUCGGCCUUAGUCCUCAUCCCGAGGGUGGCCCGGGCUCUGGUCGCCUGGGUUUGCGCCGACGUUCGACAGCCCCAGACAUCCCCAGCCUGGUUGGGGAGGGUUCAGGGCCCGAGAGUGGUCCAGAAUUGGAGAACAACGCUCUGCCUUUCUCCGUGCCUGGGCCAAAGCCUUGGCAGGCGGGCACAGAGGCUGUGGUACUGCAGGCUCAGCGGUAAGAGGCACCAAGGUCCUGCAAAGUCCACUCUGUCUAAUCACUGACACAUCUCCCUUUUCUCCAAGUCUUUCCUUUCUCCGCAAUUUGCUGUCCCCCCUCCCGCGCGUUGUUCCUACUGCUAAAGGGAGACCCCCUCCAGUCCUCCACGAGAUGUGAGAAACAAACCCCCGUCUUUCUGUGCUCUUUGGUUAUUUCCUGUGUAGAGCUCUCACCUUCCUCCAACCUGAUUUUCUUGUCUGAC